ACCCUCAAACGUGAAAUAGUGGCCUGAUUUUGGGAGCCGACAAAGCCGCAAACGCUAUGCGGAAAACGGCGGUUGAAACGCGCAGCGCCAAUCACGGCUGGCAACAAAGAGUAGCGAGCACCCAAAGCAAAAUCGUAAGCUCCGUUGAUUAGAGGGUGUCUUGCGUUUGGCCGAGUGUUAGGUGUGUAGGCGGCUUUUAGGAUCGCGGCUUCCAAGUGCACCGAAAAAAGAAGAGCAGCGUGAAAUCCGCGCCUCGACGUUCUCGGCUGGGCGACGUGUUGCGACCGCGAGUGGCGGUCUGGCACCACCUGCGGCAAUCCGGAGAGAGGGCCCCGGCUACGACAAAGGCGCUGAUGAACGUCGCGGUGGACGGACCAUGCGAGAGCCGCGAACCUCGUCCAAAGGUGCAUGCCUCGCGUCGGCGGUGUCGUUCGCCAGACUGCGGUAGUGUUUGUGCCGAGCGGCUAUGAGUUCCUCUGGGGCUUCGGGAGAACCACGCAGCCUCGCUGUUUACGGUACACGCUCGCGUAGCAGACGAAGGGACGACGACGACUGACAGGAACCGGACGACUGCGACUGGAGUGACUUUCCCCGAAACGUCUCUCGAAGAUGGACAACAUACCAGAUCCAGAGAGGCUCCGGAGGCUCCAGGAGCUGGAGCAAAGUCUCCUGGACCACACGUCGGAGAUCCACGUCGAUGGCCUCCUGGAUGCCAUCCAGGCUCUGGUAAUGGACUGCAACAGUCCGGCUCUCCGGAGGAUGAAGAACAUCGACAGCUUCCUCAAUCGAUAUGAGAAAGGCUGUAGCCAGUAUAUCGGCAUGUCGAAUGAAGCCAGAUGACUUCAAGGUGAUCAAGACCAUCGGCAGGGGUGCUUUCGGAGAAGUCCAACUGGUGCGCCACAAGUGGACCAAGCGGGUGUACGCCAUGAAGCUGCUGAGCAAGUUUGAGAUGAUGAAGCGCUCGGACUCGGCCUUCUUUUGGGAGGAACGCUUCAUCAUGGCGCACGCCCGCUCCCAGUGGAUCGUCCAGCUGCACCAGGCCUUCCAGGACGACCGGCGCCUCUACAUGGUCAUGGACUACAUGCCCGGCGGAGACCUGGUCAACCUGAUGAGCAACUACGACGUGCCCGAGCACUGGGCCCGCUUUUACUGCGCACAGGUGGUGCUCGCAGUGGACACCGUUCACUCCAUGGGAUUCGUCCACAGGGAUGUGAAGCCUGACAACAUGCUCCUCGACGCAAGGGGUCACCUGAAACUGGCCGACUUUGGGACUUGCAUGCGCAUGGAUGCUGACGGCCUGGUGCGGUCAGACACAGCAGUGGGCACCCCUGAUUACAUCUCGCCCGAGGUACUCAAGAGCCAGGGUGGCGAGGGCUGCUAUGGGCGCGAGUGUGACUGGUGGUCUGUGGGCGUGUUCCUGUACGAAAUGCUCGUCGGGGACACGCCUUUUUACGCCGACUCUCUGGUCGGCACCUACGGCAAGAUCAUGGACCACGCCAACUCUCUGUCCUUCCCAGAGGACGUCGAGGUCUCUCCGCACGCCCGGCGCCUCAUCUGCUCCUUCCUCACUGACCGGAAUUACCGGCUGGGUAGGAAGGGUGUGGAGGAGAUCAAGGCACACCCAUUCUUUCAGAACGACCAGUGGACGUUCGACAACAUUCGGGAGGCCGUGCCACCCGUGCUGCCUGAGCUGAGUGGCGAUGACGACACGAGCAACUUCGACGACGUGGACCAGGACGAGACACCCGAAGAGCACUUUCCCGAGCCCAAGGCCUUUGCGGGCAAUCACUUGCCCUUCGUCGGAUUCACCUACUCGGGGGACUACGCACUUCUCUCGACAGCGCAUCUUCAUGGUGUCGACGGCUUCAGCGAGACUGACAAGGGAAAUGGGCCAACACCAGAUGUUCUUCAGGAGGAGAUUGCGAACCUCCGCGAGGCCAAAGAGGAAGCAGAGCAGAAAUACAGGCACACGCUAAAACAGCUGGAGACCGUGUCAGCACAGAACGAGCAGGCAACUAUUCUGGUUUCCGAGAAUCGGGAGCUCAACAAAAAGAUGACGCUGCUCACACACGAGAUUAAGGAGAGCCAGCGAAAGUAUGAGACAGAGUGCGAGCACCGGCGUAAGGCAGAGAUCAAGCUGCAGGAACUGUGGUCCAAGCUGGAGUGUGAACAACAGUCUCGGUCCCAGCUGGCCUCCGCAUCUCAGGUUGCAUCGGAGAAGGCGUCUGCGCUCGAGAAGCAGUUGUGGGAGCUGAAUGACAAGCUGAAGCAGGAAGCCGACGCAGCACUAAAGCUGAAGAAGGCCAACGCGGAGCUCGCGCUGACCGUGGCAACGCGGGAGCGCACCUGCCAGGAGCUGCAGGAGACGGUGGGUGCUCUGCGCGGCCAGGUGGGCUCCCAGGAGCGGGACCUUUCCAACAUGCAGAUACAACUUGAUCAGGAGAAGGCAGCGUGGUCAUCGCGCGCCCAAGAGCUCGAGAGCCGGCGGCAGGCGCUCCAGUUGGAGCUGGAGAGGGUGCGAGAGCGGGAAGCCCACGCGCUUGAAGAGGCCCACCGGUUCUCGGCGCGCGUCCUCGAGCAGGAGAAGCAGCGUGCCGUGCUCGAGCUGGAGUUGCGCAACGCCCAGAACCGCCUGGACCGACAGGCCUGCCCGGACAAGAGGCCCGGCGGAGGAGGCGCCGCGGAUGACGAGAACAGCGCAGAGGCCCUGACGGCCCGGCUGGCCGAGGAACGGCAAGCGCGCCAGCAGGCAGAGGCCGCCGUUCAAGACCGUGAGCGGCAAAUGUCCAUGCUCAAUGUGGACUAUCGACAGUUGCAGACGCAGCUGCAGCGGCUGCAAGGUGAGCAUCGGCAGGAGGCGGAAAAGUCCCAAGCCCUGCAGGCGCAGCUGGACGAGGAGGCCCGCCGGCGCUCGCAGCUGAGCCAGCAGGCAGCCCAGCAGGCCCAGGAGGUGGCCCGGCUGGCACUGCGCGACCGGCAAGCUCAGACAGCCCUGGCCGAAGCACGCCAAGCACAGCAGGCAGCCCAGGAGGAACUGGCCAGGAUGCAGACGGCAAAAACUGUGGGCGAGCUACAGAUGAAGGAACUCCAAGACCAGCUUGAGGCCGAACAGUACUUCUCGACGCUGUACAAGACGCAAGUUCACGAGCUGAAGGAGGAACUAGACGAGCGGAACAAGGCAUUCCAAGAGUUGGAGGAACGGCGCCAGGUGCUCAGUCGGGAACUCGAGAUGGCCACGGUGCGUGCAGACUCCCUGGAGCUUCACCGCUCCGUCCUCGAGGACACCGCUGCGGGACUCGAGAAAGACAGGGCGGUACGCGAGCUGGAUCUGGAGCAGCUGCAGAAGCAGCUGAACGCCGAGCGGUCCAUGCACGAGGCGGCCCUGGCCAAGGAGCGGCAGGAGCGCCAGGCCGAGGAGGCGCGCCACGAGCAGCUGCAGAAGCAGCUCGCCCAGGAGCGCAUGCUCAAGCUGCAGGCCGUCAACAAGCUGGCCGAGAUCAUGAACCGCAAGGACAUCGCAGGUGGCGGCAAGGGCCGCGCGGCCGGAGACCUGCGGCGGCGCGACCGCGAGGUGCGCAAGCUGCAGCAGGAGCUCACACAGGAGCGUGAGAAGUACGCACAAAUGGUCAGCCGCCUCCAGAAGGAGCUCGCCGAACUGCAGGCAAGUGCUCACGAGGAGGGCCAGGCGCGCAUCAAGCUUCAGAUGGAGCUGGACUCCAAAGACUCCGAGAUGGAGCUCCUGCGGCGAGUGGCGUCUGCUGCUGCCCUGACGUCUCCGGAUGCCCUGUCGUCCGUGACGAACUCCGGCGGAAGCGGAGCUCGGGACGGUGACCCCCAGCGCCUCGAGGGCUGGCUCUCGGUGCCGCAGAAGCAGAACAUCCGGCGGCACGGCUGGCGGCGGCAGUACGUGGUUGUGAGCUCGCGCAAGAUCCUCUUCUACAACAGCGAGGCGGACCGGGCAAAUGCGGACCCUGCCCUCGUCCUGGACCUGAGCAAGUUGUUCCACGUGCGCUCCGUCACCCAGGGUGAUGUCAUUCGUGCGGAUGCUAAAGACAUCCCUCGAAUUUUUCAAGUCCUGUAUGCAGGCGAAGGUGAGAGCAGAAAGCCCGGAGACAGCAACGAUCCACCACAGCUCAAAGAUCUAAGCACUCUGGAGCACAAAGGCCACGACCUAGUCCCGAUCUCGUUCCACAUGCCGACCACCUGCGAGCUGUGCCCCAAGCCUUUGUGGCAUAUGUUCAAGCCGCCGCCAGCUCUUGAGUGCCGCCGCUGCCGCCUGAAACUGCACCGGGACCACGUUGACAUGCUGGCGCCCUGCAAGGUGGACCCAACAUCGGCCAAGGAGCUGCUCCUCUUGGCGCCCACGACGGACGACCAGCGCCGGUGGGUCGCCCAGCUGCGCAUCCGGGUCGACGCCUGUGGCUACGCGGCGUCCUCCGCCGCCGCUGCGGCCGGAUCUCCCGGGGCCAUCCGCCUACGCAAGUUUCCCUCGACGGCGUCCUCCGGCUCCAACACGUCGGCAUCAUCGGUGUCCGGGCCCGGCGGCAAGGCAGCGACGCUGCCGAGCCGCAAGUGCUAGUCUCGUUCUCUUUCUCCGCGUUCGCGGACUCCUUUGAGCAUUCUCAUGCAAUCCCAGGGGCAAGGUUGGUGUGCCAGUACCACUUUACUGCCUGCGCUGGAUGCAGCCUGGGUUAGCACUUUUCGGCCGCAGACGUGGCAGGUCCUUCCAGACUCGCACGCUUGUGCUCGUACGGACUAUGCAUGCCCUUUGGUGACUCACUGACGUAUUGUGCUCGUGCUUUUUCUUUUUCUUUUGUUUCUUACGCUACGAGUGCUGCUCCUGCUGUCAUGCCGCACACCCACAGUGUAGUGGUCAAACAGAAGUCUAUGGCCUAGCACUUGGAGACACCACAAAGCACUAGGCGAGAGCGUUGAAAGCAGAUGACUCUUAGAGGCUUGAGAAUUGGCACAUCAGGACAGUCUGCCCAUCUGCUGGAAGAGUGGCAAUUUCUUUCUGCACCGAAAGUUUGGAGUGCUGCUGCUAUAGCUAAUAAGCCUCGUCAUCUCUGGUGCAAUUGAGUUGAUGCCACUUGGUCUCAGAUCUCGUUUCCUUAAAAUCAUUCCUGCUGACUCUCCCCGUGCUGAAUGGUAAAGUUGUUUCUUUUUAACAUUUGACAAGAGCUUUCUCGCUCUGAAGUUUGGCUAGCUCAAUCAUUUUAAUGCCUAAUGCCAUUUUUGCUACACUAGCCAGAGUGUAGCUCUUAAAUGUCAUAAAAGGCAUUGAUGCAUUCGCAUUGUGGUGAGUGCACCUGCUUUGAGCUCACACUGAUUGGAUGCAGCAGGUUUUGCUACUGGCAUACCUCCUUCUGGAAUUUCUGUCGUAGGCAUACAAGUGCUCUCUGCACUGAGGUGUCUGCUAGGUUAGGAGUCUCAUACGCUGCCUAGUCUAGCUCAUUUACAACAGCACAUGCAUGGAGAAACUAGCGUCAGCAGGAGCGCCGCGUUUCAAUCGACCGUACAAAGAAACAGACCAUCGUAACAUAAAGUAUGCAGAACAUGCCGUAAGAUGGCCCAUCCAUUGCAGACUCAACUGAGCAAAACUCCAAGUGCCUUAUGGUGGAUGACAGAGCCGUGUGGUCAAGUCAUCCGCUUUUGCAUUAUGACGCAGUGACACACGUUCCGGAAGAGUUGUGUCAGCCCAAUUGGUGCCAUUCAGUUAUUUGUUAGCAGGGAGAUGUGAAAACUUUUCAACGGCGAACAGAAUCAGUUGCAUGCACUUUGUGUCUCGUGCACUGCUGAAUCGUUUCCUGGUGCUUCGUAGUGUCGACUGUCUGUGUCGCCCUUCGCCCUGCCACUGGGGCUACAACAGCUAGCAGUGUCGGUGUUAGCUUAACGAUUGUUAGGUACUAGUGCAUAAUAUACAUCGUAGCACAAAACGUGCAAACGUGCAGCCCUGGCUACCUGCGGUGGGUGUCAUGGCAGCACUUUUAGUGUAAUGCUGUUUUGAGCAAUGUCGAGAACUGUCGUUCUAUGUCCAAUUUUACCAAGGACUGCAUUUGGAAGAAUGGGGUCAGACUUACUUGACCACGUUAGUACAUUUGCUGCUGCCAAUGUUUGGCAGCAGCAAAUAUAAUAUGGAGACAAAAGUGAAAACCCAUACCAACACCAGCCCUGUAUGUAACCACUGCACCUUAUCAAUUCACGCAGUUUUAGUUUCAACUUGCAACAUUGUUCCUAACGUCCAUAAACAUGUCUGCGACCUUCAUUUUCUAAAUUCAUAACAGCUGAUCGCAGUAACAUUCAUGCAAACCCUUUCUAGUAUGACAUGGCUUAUAACAAACUUGUAAUGGGGUUUGUGGUGGUUAUUCAUGGUGAGAGCUUUUGCUGUUGUUAGUGGCUUUGGCUUUCUUCAAAGCAUCAUCAGCGUUCACCUUGUUGUAGCAUCAUUCAGUGGAUCGAACUAUGUUGAAGCAGUGUUUUUGGUGCCGCUGCAGUUUUUUAAUAUGCGUGCUCAAGAUUGUUAAAUUUUUCCUUGUGCCAUGGUGGCAACUAGUCCUUGCGGCAUCAGAUAUUUGUCACGCUCACAUUGUGAUUUUCAUUUUGUUUGGUCAGACAGCUCUGUAGUGUUCUGGUUUCUUUUGGGAGAAUCUGCGAAUAGUGAAUUUUAGAACCAAGUCAAAUAGUUUUCAAAUCGUAAGACAGCCAUCUUCGACACAGACCUGUAAUUCCACAGUUUAAAGAAAAAAUUUUUCACAAACUUGUAGUAACUUUACCGUUUUUUUUUACCCGCACAAGAUAGACAAUCAUGUAAAGUGGGCUAAGCUUGUGUACGCCAGCGGCUAGAGCCUUUGAAGUGUUUUGUAACUGUAUGUUGAAUAAAGCAGUUUCUUUAGUAUUCAAGGCGGUACCUUAUCAGCAGAAUUUGAAUAUAACUGAGUCCUAAAAUUAGGCAAUGGUUCAUGAGUCAACAUCUUCGCUAAUCUCAUCAUGACAGUUGCAGAUUGAGGAACCACUUGCUUUGGCAACACUAGAGUUUUAAGCAAGAACGCCUUCAUCCGGUGAUCAAUAUAGCUCUGGUGAUACUGUAAAAGGUUUAACUGUGUGUAUCUUGGCAGUUUAAUAAUUAAAGCUAUCAUAAAGAUUCCCCCCUGUUCAAAAAUUUUUAUCCCUUUGGAGUAUUGAUGUCUGUGAUGAUUAUUCGAAACGUGUUCAAAGACUAUUUCCUACUUUGAAUAUGUAUGAUUGGAUUCCAUGUCUAUUCACGAAUCGAACACUAAUCAAUUUGUUACUUGAAACCUUAGAAUAUUUGCACACCCCUAUUUCUGUCUUCACAUUUUUUUUAUUUAUUUUUUUGGAUGAAGGGCGUUGGCAGUACUUGGCGUACAAAUUUCUUUUUCCACUGGACUAUGUUCCUGUUCUAGUUAGUGUAAACUCCUUGUGAGCUUUGUGCGCAUUCCUGCAUAUGGGAGGCCUCAGGCAAUGGUGAAUGUUUGAUUUUUCAUUUAGUACCUUGAGCCACCAGGAUGCAUCAAGCUGGUGCGGCGAAAUCUAUUGUUGUAGUGCACUGUCACAUGAUUGACUAUAGAUUGAUGAAGCAUUUAAUAAAAUGUUAUGUGAAUUUAUUGCAUUCUUAAAUAGUGCAUUGUGAUUUGCGCCUGAAGGGGCUAUGGUGUUGUGUUCGCACUCCUGCCUUAUCAUGUUAUUGAGUGGCAAGAUGGAAGCGCGCAUCGCCAGUAAUUCAUAAGAGCCCAAUUGAACAUUCGGAAAGCGAGAUGUGUGCUCUUCCUUGCCCUAGAGGGCAUAUGACAGCAAUUACUACACUGGAACCUCAAUAUAACGAACCCAGAUAUUACAAAUUAUUCGUUAUAACAAAGUAGAUGAAAAAUAGUAUUGCAAUAUAGUGUUAGGAACGGGCCUUCAUAAUGAAUUUUUAGAUAUAAUAACCUAUUUUUGUGUAAGAU